UACUUUGGCAUAAUUCUUUUGUUAUCAAUUCAAGCUUUAACAAAGCUAAGUUGUUCCACUUGAGCAGACACCAGAAUUUUUUCAUUUCGAAAAAAAAAAACAAAAAAGACACCGGCAUUUUUACAACAUCCAAAGACAAAGUCCUAGGAUAAGAAGUGGGAAGGGGGGAACUCCAAUCUCUUGCAUUGCACAUUUUUGUUUGUACCUUACUUGUGUCAUCUUCAUUGUUGCUACCCUACCCAUGAUCUUGGAACUGAGAUGCCACAUUGACUAACAUUACAUUAGAUCUCAAGUUGAAGUCUUUGAGGGUACCCAUUACUCCCACAAUCAUGGGUGGUUUGAGUCUGAGGGAAUCGUGGUGUUUCUGCAAAGGGGUGAGCAAGUCUGAGAGAAUGAAAGCUGCAAUCUUUACAGGGAAGGGUCAAGCCAUAGCCACAAUAACAACCACUGCACCAAAUGGGGUUUCCGGCACCGGAUUUUUGAUCCACCGGAACCUUCUCUUGACCACUCACGCCAACCUCCCCUCGGUGGUCGCCGCCGACAGCUCCGAGAUCCGGCUGCAUAAUGCUGUUGCUGCCACUCUUGUUCCUCAGAGGUUUUUCAUAACAAGUUCUGUAUUAGAUCUUACAAUUGUGGGUUUAGACGACGUGGAUGGAGACUCGAAUGCACCGGCUCAGUGCCCUCACUACUUGAAGACCAGUUCCAAAGCCAAUCUGGAUCUGGGAAGUGUAGUUUACCUUCUAGGCUACACAGAUAAACAUGAGCUCACUGUUGGUGAAGGAAAGGUGGUCAUAGCUACAGACAAUCUCAUUAAACUGUCAACUGAUGGAAUUCAAUGGAGUCCAGGUUCUGCAGGUUUUGAUGUGCAUGGCAACCUAGCUUUUAUGAUAUGUGAUCCUAUGAAAUUAGCCACAUCACCAAACACUAAAUCGCCUUCAACUUCUUCAUCAUCAUCAUCCUCUUGGAAGAAAGAUCUCCCUAUGCAAUUCGGCAUACCGAUUCCUGUCAUAUGUGAUUGGUUAAACCAGCAUUGGGAAGGCAACCUCGAUGAGCUUAAUAAGCCAAAACUACCAAUCAUGCGACUCAUGUCCAACGGCCCAAAGAGCGAGCACUCGUGUGCUUCCUUCACCCUGCGGCAGGUUUUCAAGUCAACCGAAGGCAACGAGGAUGGCACCCCAUCUUCAUCAAACAAUGCCUCAAAGGCAAGAGAUCAGGGACCAAGCUCUUCUGCUGUUACCAACACAGUCGAAGAAGAAAGCUUGACCACUAAUCCAAAUGCUGCACAUGUACAGGGAAUUCCCACUCCAGAAAUAUACGAAUCGCCGAGAGUAACUGCGGUGCCACUAAGACGAAAAGAAAACACACCAAUGCAGCUUUUGGACAUCAAUUUUCCUCCGAGGUCUUCCAAGCCUGCAGUUUUUCCACAGUCAUCCAAACCAAAGUCUGCUGAAAAUCACGCCAGAGAACCUUUGCCUGAAAACCAAGUAGCAGGAGAACAAAACACUCACACAAGGCCAACAACUCCUAUCCCAGAAGUUUCCUCAACAGGCUCUGUAAAUGGCGCAGCCGAAAGCGAGGUCCAGUCUAGCUCAUCUCCCGUGGAAGUAGCUGGGAUGAUGCAAAACGGAUACAGCAGCGAAGGAGAGACCAUGUACUCGGCGGAAACUGCCGAGAGCCGCAACUACACGAGCCCCAGGGAGUUGAAAUUUCAACAAGUGGGAAGGAGCCAGAGUUGUGUUAGUUACAAUAGGUGGGGUGCUACACCUAGAAGCCAAGUUGCGCGUGGAAUGGUGGUGGAAAAUCAGAGAAGCUUCAUGCAUGUGAAGAGAAUGUAUUCCCAAGGUGCAGCAACAACAUCUCAGCGAAGCAAUGACUAUUUCAGCCCCACUGUCUCUUCAAUCAUGAAACGUAAUAGCAGCUCAAGCAAACCACCACCUCGCCAAACUGCUGUUCAUUCUCCUUCACCCAGAUGGAUGUUUUGAUUCAUUCAUACUUUAUAUAUAUAAUUAUAUAUGAUGUUUCUACUUCAUAAAGUAAAAUUGGAAGAAAAAAAAAA